AUGUACGAAGUGCAAGUUGUGCGGCAUCGAGGAGCCCCCGGGACGCGUGGAGGGCUCGAGGCACUAUGUCGACGAUUCGUGAUGAUUGUGACGGAUCGGUACUUAAAACUGGGCGUGGCUUCUUCAUCGUCAAGCUCUACUACUGUGUUAAGUAUCUCGCAUACUCGCAUUAAGAGUGUACGAGUGAGAGGAAGACUAUUGCGAGUUACUGUGGACAACAACAAUGCUCUAACAGUUCGAUUACGAGACCAGGAGGAGACACUACGAGCUGCUGAAGCCAUGAUGGAUACGUGGGAAAUCGACCCACUUGUUGAAGAUUCAGGGAUACCCUCAGUCCAGUCGGAAGUUCAAGUGGACAGUGACAUGGCUGUACUCGUGAGGCAGUACUUAACCGACUCGAAUUUUCGGCACUUGGUGCACGAGAUUCACGACCAUAUUGAUGCAGCUCUUGCGGCUGACGCAGUGUCCUUCGAGGCACAAGUGUGA